GGAGAAAAUAUUUACUCAAAAUCUAACCCAUAUAAAAAAUGAUCUUAAAUUUCAUUUAAAUCUAUUUUUCGAAUCUCUCGUAUUUUGCUUAAACUCUUCUGGCGGAUGAGGCGGCCCAAGUUCAAGUCGAUCUCUCGAUUGAGCAAAGAAAAAGGAAAAGAAAGGAGACCUGUAUCUUGUUAAGAUUGAGUGGAAGAGGCAGAGGGAAUCGUCGUUUUGAUCUGAGCCACCCAGCCUACCUUUCCAACCAGGGAAAAACCCUUUAUUUUAUUUUAUUUUUUAGUUUUAUAAAGGAAGGAGGACAUUAGGAAAGGUAGCAGGCCAAGGCCAAGAGGGUUAAAGAGAAAAAGAAGAAGAAAAACUGGGUUAUUUACUUAGUGAUAGUAAUUAGUAAGUAAUAUGUAUUAGUGAAGUUAUCCAGUGAUCCCACCCAGAGAGAAAGAAAGGUCAAACCCAAUAGGUGUAGCAUUUUAUCUGCAUUGGUAUCUGUCUCUCUUUUGAGCAUAAGAGCAAGAAUGAGAGCAGUCCCAUAUUAUUCCCAAUCCCAUCUUCUUCAAAGCCUAACACAUAUUAACAAUACUUCUUCUCUUUCUUUGUUCCCAAACUUUCGCCCUUCUUCCCUACGCAUACCACGCCUCUCUUCUUUCUCUAAUACCAGGGCUGACACUCACACUAAGACUAAGAUUGAAACAGGAAAUGGGAACAACUCUCUGCCUGCCCCUGACCCCCAACAAAAAUUGCUUCAAGUCGUCUUAGUUUCUCCUCAGAUUCCUGGAAAUGCAGGUUGCAUUGCAAGAACAUGCGCUGCCUCAGCUGUUGCCCUUCACCUUGUUGGGCCAUUAGGAUUUAAAGUGGAUGAUACUAAAUUAAAACGUGCUGGACUGGAUUACUGGCCAUAUGUUAUUGUUAGAAUACAUGGCUCAUGGGCGGAGUUUCAAAACUAUUUCAAGCAACAGGAAGGGGAUAAGCGUUUGCUGGCUUUUACUAAAAGAGGAACAGCAAUUCAUUCAGACUUUUCGUAUAGAAAAGGUGAUUAUUUGAUAUUCGGCUCAGAAACUUGUGGCCUGCCUCCUGAUGUGUUGUUAGAUUGCAAAAGUGAAACUUUUGGUGGUGGAACCAUUCGGAUUCCAAUGGUUGAGACUUAUGUUAGAUGUCUGAAUCUCUCUGUGAGUGUUGGUAUUGCUGUGUAUGAAGCUUCAAGACAGCUCAACUAUGAACAGCUUCAAGUGCCCUCUACAAAUUCUGGUGAUUUUGAACAAUCAUUGCUUACUGAGGAUAUUUUUGCUUGAUUUGCUGCAUCCAUCCAUGCCAAUUUUUAAUCUCAAUCGUUAGAGAUUUUUUAAAGUGAGGAUGAAACAGAGUUUUUUUUUUUUUUUUCACUAACUUCUUUUUUAAAAACAGGUUCCAAAUUUAUUUAACUCCUUUGUAGCUAUAUAUUUGUAUCUUACAUUAUGAUUAUGUUAGAAAAAGAAAAACCCUAAGCUUAAUUUGUGGUUUGCCUCCUUCAACUUUUGCUUCUUUUCUAUUUUUUGUCAGGUAAAUCAAUUUCCUUUGUGUUCUUGAGCUCUUGUUCUUUUACAAUAUUAGUAUACAAUUAUUAUUUUUAGUCAUAUGAUCUUUUGGUUGUUUUUUAUAUUCUAUAGGCUUUAGGGUUACAUAGUUUUAAAGCAGUUCUUUCAGCGCCAAAAUUAUAGAUUAUUUUUUCUUUCGAUUCUUACGUUAUAAAAAGCUGCUCAAUUUAUAUAAGUAACGAUUCAAAACAUUAAUGAAUACUGCAAAUUAUAAUAUAUAUAUAUGCGUGCUUAUUCGAAACGCUUAUGGCGCUAUACUACAGUACAUGGUAAUAACUGCAGGAUGCCGGCAGAAGAGAAGGAAGGCUUUUCCUUGAAGGAGACCAAGCCAAAUAUUGGUGGGGGAAGAACAACGCCGGUGGUGAUGCUUGUCACCCGUUUAAAUGAAGAUUGGAAACUAUAAGGGGAGCACCUAGUACUUGGAGAUGAAUAAACCAAACCCAGAAUGGAACCAAGUGUUUGCCUUCACAAAAGAUCGAAUUCAGUCGUUACCUGUGGAGAUCCCCGUGAGAGAAAAGAAAGGAAUUUGUAAACAAUGAGUUUAUAGGUAAGAUUGCGAUUAACGUGUCCAACAUUCGCACUCAAGUUCCGCUGGAUAGUCCACUUGCCCCAGAGUGGUAUAAAUUGGAGGACAAAGACAUGGACAAGGCCAUUUUAUCAGUAAGUGAGUUGAUGUUGGUUAUUUGGUUCGGGACACAAGCUGAUGAAGUGUUCAUUGAUGCAUGGCAUUCAUAUGUAGUCACUGUUACUGGACUGGUGACAGCAUUAUGAAUACUUGUUCCAAGGUCUACCUUUCACCUAGACUUUGGUAUCUUAGAGUCAAUAUAAUUGAAGCGCAGGAUUUGGUAGUGCCUUGAGACAAGAAGCGGAAUUCGGAGGUUUAUGUCAAGGGAACUCUUGGGAAUGUGAAGUUGAGGACUAGAGUUUCGGCAGACAAGUCAUUGAAUCCUAGAUGGAACGAAGAUUUGAUGUUUGUUGCAGCAGAGCCCUUCUAUGAUCUUUUGGUUCUGACCGUGGUAGAUAAAAACAAUGAGGAAAUUAGCCAUUAGCCUCGGAAGGUGCAUGAUUCAUCUAUCCGAGGUCUACAUAAGGUGACUGCCUGAACCAGUUGGUGCAAAAUGGUACAAUCUAGAGGGAGGUGGAGAUGUGGUGCAGGAGCUAAAGUUUGCUAGUAAGCUUAACGUGAGAAUAUCUUUGGAUGGUGGCUAUUCAUGUAUUCGAUGGAUCCUUUGAUUGCAGCAGCGAUUACUGAGCGACAUUUAACGGGCUGUGGCCACCAGCACUUGGUGUGUUGGAGUUGGGGAUUGUAGGUGCCAGUGUUUUGGUUCCAAUGAAGUCAAGAGUUGGACCUAAAUGGGUAUCGACCAGAACUGCAGUCAGACAGCUUUUCUCCAAAAUGUAAUGAACAAUACACUUGGAAGUCUAUGAUCCGUUUACGGUGCUUAUUAUCAGAAUUUUCAAUAGUUGCCACCUCAACGGAGAGAAAGGUCCAAGUCCAAAAGAUCCAAGUAUUGGGAAGCUAAGGACCAAUUGUUCACCAUUCCGACUAAUCAGGUUUACACCUAUUCGUAUCCUCUCAUAGCUCUGAGAUUUACAUCCCCAUCUUAUUUGAUUACUAACUUUUUAAUUACUCUGUCCUUAUUUGAAGUUAGUGAUCUUAUAUGUGACACAAAUUAGACCACUAAAAGUUUAUAUAUUAGCCACGUCAUCACCACAUAAUUUACCAAUGUUUUGUAACAUUUUUAAAAAAAAAUUUACUCUAUUUCCCUUUUUUUUUUCUCUAAUUAUUUCUAUUGCUUCUCACUACUCUCAUGACUCUCCCACCUUUCUUUUCUCUUGUCUUCCCUUUACAAUUGUAGCUGCCGCCGUCGAACCCGCCAUAUGAGCUCCAAUCAGAGGCCAUCAAAAUGAUCUCUUCCUCCUCUACCCAUGUCUCGAUUUAGAGCUUUCGAAAACAUCUCAAAAAACCCCCAACUUAUGGACUACCCAAGACCGAAUCUCCGUCAUCGGCCGUUAGAUCGGCCUGAUUUUCUGAUAUGUGCUCCUCCUCACCGAUACCUCCUUCCUGACUGUUAGGAUUGGCAAGCAAGUUGCCGGAGUACCUCCGACCCCUUGACCCGAAUCUAACUCUUCCCUUUUUCUCUCUCUUUGAUACCCUUUUUCUUUGUUGCAAGUCUAAUCUUUGGGGCUUAUUAAUUGUUGUGUGGUUGGGUUGUGUGGUUGGGUUGUUGAUUGAUUUAAACAUGGGUUUAUUUGGUGAGGGAUGGUGUUGUUGGGUUUGUCAUGAAUAAGGUCAUGGUAGUGGUGAAGGUGUUAGUGGAUGAAAUGAAGAUGAUGGAUGGUGGUGGAGGGUUUUGAUAGUUAGCAGAUGGUAUGGGUUGAUGGGAUUUGGUUAUGGGAGAUGGCUUUCGGGCUUCCUUCUUCGCUAUCAAUUUUAGUGCUUUCGUUGUUGUUUGUGAACUUCUGUUUUCGACAAUCUCUUUCGAGACCACCGGCGGCGUUGGCAGGAUGCAAGUCUCCAAGCUAUAAAACAGAUCAUUUUAAGUUACCACCGGUGGCGGUGGUCCCCUUUCUAAUCUUUUUUCUGUUAUGAAUUGCACAUUAAAUUAUCUGUGUUUUUCUUAUGAAAUUUGUGGGCUGUUGGAAAUUAUAAUCUUUAAUCUUUGGUGGCUAAAA